AUGGACCUCCUCGAGAAAAAGAACGUUCACGUCUCCCGCGGCUUCACAUACAACUGUUAUGUCAAAGUCGCCAGGCCCGGCCUUCCCACAUUGCUCAUGAUCCAUGGCUUCCCCGACUCACCUGAAGAAUUCUCCGAUGUCGUCCGCGACUAUCUUCUUCCCAACGGGUACGGCAUCAUCGCAAUCGACUGUCUGGGAUAUGGUGGAACCUCGAAACCGGCAGAGCGAGAGGCAUACGACUACCAACUGCUGGCCCAGGAUAUGAAGGAGAUCAUCGACCAUGAAGGUGUUGACAAAGUCGUCAGCACAGGACACGAUUGGGGUUCUCCGCUCGCUCAGCGCUUCUACAACUUCCACCCCGACCGUGUGAUCGGCUUGGUGUUGCUCAACGCAGCAUAUAACGCGCCGUCCAUAACGCCCUUUGAUCUGGAUGCGGCCCUGAAGAUGUCCGCCAAGAACUUUGGCUACGGCACAUUCUGGUACUGGAAGCUGUUCACUGCGCCUGACGGUGCGACAGUUCUAGACUCCCACCUCGACUCUGUGUGGACUUUACUCCACGCGGCCGAGCCGGAGCUCUGGCUUCGGACGCUGUGCAAGGAGGACGGGGCUCGCGAUUUCGUCGAGCAAGACACAAAGGUGCCGGUCAUGCCCUAUGCCACUGAAGAACGGCGGCGUGCGUGGUUCGACAGAUUCGCGUCUGGCAAUUUGGAUGCGCCGCUCAAUUACUACCGAGCUGCUACCUUUGGAUCUCAAGACAAGGCAAUGGCCGCCAUCCCCCGCGAGAACUACGUGGUCAAGGUGCCGCAUUUUUUCUGGGGUGGUAUCAAGGAUUGCGUCUGCCGCACCGAGAUAUGUGACGCCAGUAUCAAAGCCGGUUGGACGCCAGACUGUACCAAAAUUCUGGUCGACUCGGGACAUUGGGCUCACUUAGACCGGCCAAAGGAGUUUGGCGAGGCGUUGCUGGGUUGGCUGAAGGCAAAGUUUCCCACAUCUCAUCUCUGA